GAAUUCCCGGCAGCGCCCCCGAGUGCAUGGUAAAAUGAAUGAAAUAAAGCAAGUAUGUUCAAAAGUGUGUGACUAAAAUUAUUAAUUAAAAGCAACACUUGUAUUAAAACAUGGUUUUAUUUCAACCUCUCCCUUCUCAGGAAGCCCUGAUCCACUUGGGGGCCAAAUAUUCUCCAUGCAUGCGUCGGGACAAGCAGGUGCACGACCUCAUCAGGGAAAAGCGAGCGAUCGAACGCAACUCUGCCUGCUGUGUGCGCAACGAUCGCUCCGGUUGUGUCCAGACCUCAGAGGACGAAUGCUCGAGUACUUUAGCUGUGUGGGUAAAGUGGCCGAUGCAUUCCAGCACUCCGCAGUUAAACGGGAAAAGCAGGCAGUAUGGAUCAGUUUGCCAUCAGGACCCCAGGAUCUGUCUGGAGCCCGCCUCAGUUCCACCUCAUGAAUGGUCUGAUGACAUCACCAAAUGGCCAGUGAGUGUUUGUAAUAAAGAUACCUGCCAUCAUGUGGGCGUGGGCCAAAAGUUGAUACGCUGAUGAUGGGAAAUUCCUUCGUGGGCCACAGAAGGUCACCAGUUGACCUUUCUUGGGCCCACAUUUGGACCAAAUUUUAUUCUAAUUUGGACAGGCUCUACAAUGACACAGUAAAGUACUUGUAACUUCAGCCAAGGCCGUAUGUGAAAUUUAUGACACCCAG